CUGUCAUGUCUGCCUCCAUGAAUGCUAAACAAACAACACGAACACACGGAGAGUUGUUUAGUUAGCAGUGAUGACAUAAUGCCCGGAUUCAGGUUCCGAAAUGCAAUAUAAGUAAGCAGUUGUGUGUAGAAAAUGACUACAGCUCAAGCAGUUGAUGUAUCUGAUGCUCUGGCCAUUUGCCAAACUCUGGAGAAUCUAGUAAAGAAAUCAUUCGGUCCAAAUGCAUUGUCAACACUGCUGUCUUCUUCUAGUGGAACUAUAUGCAUAACUAAUGAUGGUGUCGCUGUACUACAAUCUUUAAAUUUCAAACACCCCAUUGGCAAAAUUAUUUUAGAUUCUGUAAUAUCCCACCACCAAUUAGUAGGAGACAACUCAAAAGCAUUUAUUUUCAUUUUAACUGAACUGCUACGAGAAAUAUCCCAAAACUUGAACACUCCAGAAAGAGCAAGUACCAUUUUUAAAUUAAGAGAUGCAUUUGCUAGACUGAAUGCAGACGUUUUGCAGACAACUGUCCUGCAGGCACUACAGCAGCAUGCAAGGGUUCAUAAAGAUGAUGCAAAAAACAUGGAAGACAUUUGUAGACAUUUGGCGCAGACAUCAAUGGCAAGUAAAUUUAAUUUGCACACUCAGAGGAUCUUAUCGGAUCUUGUGGUGCAACUGGUCACCAGACAUUGUCAAAAUAUUCAACAGUUAAAUCAAUUGAUGUGUGAACUGAUUGAUGAUUUUGCGGAUUUAUUUUUGAAGAUCAGCGGACAAGCUGUUACCAUGUCCAGGCUUAUUCCAGGCAUGGUAAUACAAAAGGAUUUCUGUGUACAUUUUAAUGAAUCAUGUGACACAAAGAUGAAAUUUAUUCUUUUAAAAUGCUCCCUAGAAGAUAUCGUUCCACAAUCAAAUGCUACUAUCUUUUUAAAAGAACAGAGCCAAGUCACAAAGGCAUUUACAUAUUUAUCAACUUCAUUAGAACGACGGUUAAAAGUCCUCAGGGAUAGAGGUAUCACUUUGGUAUUAAGCACAGACCAGUUUUCAGACACUGCUAAGCAUUUGUGUUCUCAAUAUAAAAUUUCUGUUGUUCAUUUAUUAUCUGAGGAUGAUGUUGACCGUAUAAGUAGGUUAACUAGAGUUGUAAUUAAUGCUGAUAUUGAUGAUCGGAUAACAGAUGCAUCAAUAGGGGACAUACGAUGUGAGAGAAUCAUAAUUGGGUCUAAAGCUUUUGUAAAUCUUGUCCCAAAUUUGGUGCAAACCCAUCAGGUAGUUAUUUGUGCCCCAUCGCCGGGACUUGUAACAGAAUAUAUAAGAGCAUUCGGAAAUACAAUCAAAGUGCUUCGUAUGUGGACUGAAGAUGCAUCAACAUUUUCUAAUGAAUCAUCCUGUAGUGGUCCGCAGGGUACGAAGAAGAACCCAAAUUGUCAGCAACCAUUGCAAAAGUCAACAUCACAUUUUCCUACUGUAAGACAAACUUGUUUUGUAACUUUACCAGGGGGUGGGGCAACAGAGAUUAUUGUCAGUAAAACAUUAACUGAUUAUGCUGCAGAUCACAAAAAUGAUCCCUAUUUAUCAUUGGCAGCCUCGAUAAUGGCAAAGGCUGUUUUGAACAUUCCUCAUAUUUUGCAUUGUAACUCAUUUUCUUCCAGAACUAGAGACAAUUGGAUGGUGUUACUAAAUGAAGCAAUUAAUAAUGUUAAGACUAAAAAUGAAAUGAUUUCUGUAGAUGGUAAAAGUGGUAAAUUGAUUGGCGGGUUUGAAGUGGGCUUGGUCGUGUCGCUGACAUCUAAAAUGAGGAUGUAUACGGAUAUUCUACAGCUUCUGCAGUCUCUCCUAAAAAUUGAUGCUGUUGUAUUUUGAAUGAGUCCAGUGAACCUUCCCAGAGUGAGUGAACGCCAACUAAUCAUAAGGGCCAGGAACACACACGUCCCACAAACAGUGGGUUAUCUAUGCGGUGUGCGCCCCCAUUCUGCCCCACAAAAUCAUGCUCAAGUAGCUAAAAAUCACCUCAAAUCACCUUAUUUUGCAAGCUGGCUCCCCCUACCUAAUCAUUGUGCCUCCCUGCCCCCAUUUUAGGACUCCUAUAUAUGUCACUGCCCACACGCAUGUUAUCCCACAAACACACGCUGACGUUUUAUGGGACCUUAAGAACAAUAACCAAGGCAUAAGGCUUAGGGGAACAGCCCAUUGUAACAUCUGUAAUGAUGUACCUGUAAUAAUGUUAAAAACAGAUGGAACUUGGAUGUGCUUAACAAUAAACAUAAACAAAUUUACUAUACUCCUAUUUGCUGUUUUUGUUAAUGAAAUGUUGAUGUUGACAUGGAGGUAAACGGCCGCCAAGGAGGAUGAUGACGACGUAAGACAGUGAUGGUGAGGCUGAUGAUGAGCUAUGAUCAUGAAUAA